UUAACAACCAGUUAUACGAUGGAUGAUGCCGAGGUCCUUAAAAAGAGAGGCUACAUUAUGGGGAUCAACCUCGGAGAGGGUUCGUACGCAAAAGUGAAGUCUGCCUAUUCCGAACGUCUGAAGUGUAACGUGGCGGUCAAGAUCAUCGACAAGAAGAAAGCUCCCCGAGACUUCCUGGAGAGGUUCCUCCCCCGAGAGAUUGAGAUGUUGGCCAGGGUGAAGCACCACGCCAUCGUCAAGACCUAUGAAAUCUUCGAGACCUCCGAAGGGAAAGUGUACAUCGUCACUGAGCUGGGCGUCCAAGGAGACCUGUUGGAGUUUAUCAAGAAGAAGGGAGCCAUUCCCGAAGAGAUCGCCCGCAAGAUGUUCAACCAGUUAGCCAGCGCCAUUAAAUAUUGCCACGAGCUGGACAUCGUCCACCGGGACCUGAAAUGCGAGAACUUGCUUCUGGAUAAAGAGUACAACAUCAAACUGACAGACUUCGGCUUCUCCAAACGCCUGUCUCGGGACGAUGACGGGCGGGUCAUCCUUAGCAAAACCUUCUGUGGCUCCGCGGCCUACGCCGCGCCCGAAGUGCUCCAGGGCAUCCCUUACCAGCCCAAGGUUUACGACAUCUGGAGCAUGGGCGUUGUGCUGUUCAUCAUGGUCUGUGGCUCCAUGCCUUAUGACGAGUCCAACAUUAAAAAGAUGCUCAAGCUUCAGAAGGAACACAGAGUCCAUUUCCCCCGGUCCAAAAUCCUCUCGGUGGAAUGCAAGGACCUCAUCUACCACAUGCUUCAGCCCGACGUGACUCGACGGCUCUGCAUCGACGAGGUUUUGAUGCACAACUGGAUGCAGGAACCCAAAGCCGUUUCGGACUCCGUGCUGAUCAAACCGGGGGAAUGUUCGCAGCAGCACAGCCAGAUCCGAUCCCUCUUUGGGAAGGAAAGCGGCCUGCAGCCUUCGGAUAACGAGCAAGUGGAAAAAGAAAUACGGCACGAGGAUCUAGAGAAUCUGGACAAUCUCUCGGAGGAGAUGCAAAGGACUUCCCUCUGAAAGGAAGACGUCCUCUCGAGUUAUCUCCCCCCUCCCCCAAAAAUUGGUUCCCAAUUCUGCCAA